AUGUCGAACUUCCGGAAUCAAUCUUUGGCAGAUUUCAAGAAAUUGGACAAGAUUGGUGAAGGUAAGUAUUAGUGUUAUAUAUUUGAGGUUUUCAGGAACGUAUGGCGUCGUGUACAAAGCUCAAUCUCUCCGAUACAAAAAUUUGGUGGCCAUGAAGAAGAUCAGACUCGAGAAUGAUGAGGAGGGUGUUCCACCAACUUCCAUUCGCGAAAUUUCCAUGUUAAUUGAGCUUCGACAUCCAAAUGUGGUGGAAUUACAAGACGUGAUUAUGGAGGAGAAUCGCCUUUACCUUGUGUUCGAAUUCCUAACUAUGGAUUUGAAGAAGUUUUUGGAUUCUUUGCCUGAUGACGCGUCUCUGGAGAUCCCCUUGAUCAAGAGCUUCUUAUUCCAAGUAUGCGUAUAUUGCAUGAAGUCGUGCGUAAUACAUUAGUUAUGUUGUUGAUUUUUUUCAGAUGACUCAAGCUAUUUGUUUCUGCCAUCAACGGCGAGUUCUCCACAGAGAUUUGAAGCCUCAGAAUCUUCUGGUGGAUGUGCAAACCAACACAAUCAAGGUGGCUGAUUUUGGGUUGGCCAGAGCUAUUGGGGUCCCCGUGCGAGCAUACACACACGAGGUAUGCGGGGGUUGUGUAACGCUCGUGUUCAUUACGACUUGUACACCUUAUUUUAGAUUGUGACCUUGUGGUACCGAUCGCCAGAGGUCUUACUUGGAGCCCCGAGGUAUUCCACAGGCGUAGAUAUCUGGAGUAUUGGUUGUAUCUUCGCCGAAAUGAUCCGCCGCCGUCCGAUAUUCCAGGGCGAUUCCGAGAUCGACCAACUCUUCCGAAUCUUCAGGACUCUGGGCACUCCCGACGAGAGGACAUGGCCAGAUGUAAACACUUUACCCGAGUUCAAGCCCCACUUUCCAGUCUGGACUCAGAAUACCUUGGUGCAGCGAUUGGACAAAGAUCUGAUUGAUGAUGAUGCAGUGGAUCUUAUGCUGGUAAGAUUUGAAUGCGAAGGAUUAUAUUACUUUUAUUAUCUUUGGAUUUGGUGUGAAAUUAAAUAUUAAUAAUUUUUAUAGCGAAUGUUUGAAUACGAUCCCAUGAACAGAAUCAGCACCCGAGACAUCCUGCAUCACCCGUACUUUCAUGAUUUGGAUGUCUCUGCCCUCCCGGCCGGCAAUUUCAGAGGCGAACUUGUGACCGAUCUCUCCACGAAACAACCCACCAAGACAUCGUCACACGAAAUUAUUGUAGUCUAG